AUGACGUCCGCAGCCUCGACUCAAACACCCCAGCAGGUGGCACAGCUGGAGUACACUCCCAUCGACACCAUCGCCGGUAUCAAUGCAGAGCUCCGCAAGAACUUUCUCACUGGCAAGACGAGAAGCUUGGAGUACCGCAAAGCUCAGCUGAAGCAGCUCUACUUCUUGCUCAAUGUAAGUAGUUGCUCGGGUAGGAGUGUCCUGCCGCUGAACAGUGACUUGACACUGUUCGCACGCAUUCAUGCUGCCUUGUAUGUCGCCUAAUGUUCGUCCUGCACAUCACUUUACCAUCAGGACAAUGCAGAGGAGAUUGCCAAGGCUAUCAACAAGGAUCUCGGACGUGCCAGCUUCGAGACCAACAUGGCCGAGAUUCUCGGCACCAGCAACGAGAUCGUCGAGGCUGUACACAAUGUUGGCAAGUGGUCAAAGACCGAGAAGCCUUGGUCUGGCGUCGCUUGGGCGUUCCACUCUCCUUCCAUCCGCAAGGAGCCAAAGGGCACCGUUCUUGUUCUCGGAGCCUGGAACUACCCCGUUUCGGUGCAGAUCGGUCCCGUGAUUGGCGCUCUCGCUGCUGGAUGCACGGUUGUCCUUAAGCCUUCCGAAGUGGCACCACACUCUGCCAAGCUCUUUGCUGAGCUCUGGCCCAAGUACCUCGACCCCGAGAGCUCGCGCAUCGUCAAUGGCGCAAUCCCAGAGACGACGGCCUUGCUUGAUAGCCGAUGGGAGCACAUCUUCUACACUGGUAACGGAACAGUUGGUCGCAUCGUCGCCGAGAAGGCUGCCAAGUGGCUCUGCCCUACCACUCUGGAGCUCGGUGGAAAGUCCCCUGUUUGGAUCGACGACUCUGCUGACCUCAAGAUCGCAGCUCACCGUGUUCUUUGGGGCAAGGCUGUUAACGCUGGACAAACCUGCAUUGCUCCUGACUACAUUCUCUGCACCAAAGCCACCCAAGACAAGCUGGCCGUCCAAUUCCAGAAGGCUGCUGAGGAGUUCUGGCCCAAGAGCAAGGGAGGUGUCAUCAAGAGUGAUGAUUACGGCCGUGUGAUCAACGUUGGUCACUGGAAACGCCUGAACCAGAUGGUCGGCGGCACCAAGGGACGCAUUGUGCUUGGUGGCGAGGGCGACGAGUCCAGCAAGUUCUUCGCACCUACUAUUGUGGCUGACUGCAAGUCGGACGACCCCCUCAUGUCUGGAGAGAUCUUCGGCCCUGUGCUUCCCAUCCUCCCUGUGGCGAAUCUCGACGAGGCAAUCCGCUUCAUCAACUCCCGCGACCAGCCCUUGGCCCUGUACACCUUCGGAGGUGCCAAAUCGACUAAGAAGCUGUUCGAGGAGACGCGCUCGGGCGCAGCUGUCCAGGGUGACACCCUUCUGCACUUUGCCGUCGGAACACUGCCUUUCGGCGGCACUGGUCCUUCCGGCUACGGAAUGUACCACGGCAAGGGCAACUUUGACACCUUCACCCACACCAGAGCAAGCUUGGACGCUCCCUCGUCUGGCGUCCUCGGCAAGGUCGUCGAGGCCAUCAUGGCUAUGCGCUACCCUCCUUACACCUCCGCCAACCUCACCAAAUUCAAGCUGGCAACGCAACUCAGCGCUGGCUUCGGUCGCCCAAAGAACCCUCACGCUAGUGUGACCCAGAAGGUAAGUCCUCGGGAGGUGUGAUGCCGUGUAGCAAGUCGGAAGUGCGCCGCAUUUGGUCGAACCUUGUUUCUCUUUCAAUCACAAGCGCGCCAGUACCGAGUGCUGAGCUGCGUCCUUUCUUCGUUCUUCUUUUUGCUCUCUUGCUCUUUCGCUCACUUGCUCGCUCGUCGGCCGAUGAAUCGCUUUCGCCCGCCUAAUUCGGCGCUCACUGCCACUGCCCUCCCUCCCAUCUCGCUCCGGACCAAGAGUCCAGCAGUCUAGGCUCUAAGCUCGGAUUGAUCGUUCUCGUACUCGCUAUCGUCUUUGGCGCCCGACAACGAGGACUCAUUGGAUCGCAUUGA